AUGGCAGAGGAGGCGGGCAAGUACACGAUCAAGAAUCCCAAGUCGGUCGGCCACUGCAAGGCACAGCCCUUGACUGGAGGCGUUACGCUUGAGGCGCGCGAGUGGGACAUCGAGGACAAGGAGUUUUACGAAAAGGAGGGCCUCAACAUCGCCACGCGCAACCUCUGGGCCUCCGUCCCGAACCUCCUCAUGGGCUUUGCCGUCUGGCUCAUGUGGUCCGUCAUCACGACCAAGAUUCAAGACUUUGCCCCGAGCAUCGACGGCAUCAACGAGGGCUUCCGCGGCUGCCCGGGCUGGUACGACAAGGCGUGCUGCUCCACCUGGCAGAAAGCCACGCAGGAUGCCUUCAAUGAUUGGCAGACCAAGAACUACGACGGGGCUACGCCGUACUCCAACGCCGACGACUUCAUGUACUCGAAGGACUUCAAGGACCUCAAGACUGCGCCCGCCUCCAAGGACGGCCCGGGCGGCUUCUACUCGCCGGACGAGGCGUACGGCUGCAAGGUGGACGCCGACCGCAACAAGGCGUACAAGGCUGCGCUCUACGUCAUCGGAGCGACCGGCGGCCUCUCCGGCGGCAUCUUCCGCCUCCCGAACUCGUUCGUCGUCCCGUUCAUCUGCAUCGCGUGCGUCUUCCUCGCCUUCUUCUUCAUGAACAACAUGCCCAAGGAGACGCACCCGGGUCCCGCCUACAUCACCUCCGCCAUCGGCGUCGCCAUCAUUUACGGCACGCGCAACCUCACCCAGCCGGCGGCCGCCAUCCCGAUCACCAUCGGCAUCAUCGUCGUCGUGUCGAUCAUCGAGCACACCUUCAUGCGGCCGAGCGCGUAA